UGCAGCGUUAACGACCUGUCGAGGAAUAAACAUGGGCAGCUCUAGCAAUGAAACACUGCCACCAAUGACUUCAGCAGAUCGGUUUGAAGAUAUUAAAUCUUCAGAGCAGCAACGACUGCUGCCGACGGUGAUUUUCCUUAGUCUGAUCAUCGGUAUUGGACUAGUGGGGAACAUCUUGGUCUUGUACGUUUUCGGAACUAAAAUAAAACGUUCGAACUCGCAAAUCUUCAUCUUCGUCGUUGCCGCCGUUGAUUUGUUCUCGUGUUGUAUCGCGAUACCGUACGAGAUCACGUUGCUUAUGCAGCAGUUCAUGAUUCAGAACUUGUGGAUGUGCAAAGGGUCGAGGUUUAUCAACGCGCUCGGCACGUGCACGACUUCUUUAAUUUUGGUAUUUAUCGCUGUGGACCGAUUCCGGAAAGUUUGUAGACCGUUCCAAAAUCAAAUAACGUACCGUAUGGCGAAAGUGUUCUGUACAUUGUCGGUGGUAUUUGGAAUCUUAGUGGCGCUUCCAGCGUUAUUUUUGUACGGAAAUACAACGUAUGAGAUAAAGCAGCAAAAUUUAGAAGAUGCGGUGUUACAAUCCGAAUGUUUAAUCGCCGAUAAAAUGGAUACCUCUUUAUUAAAAGUUUACAACACAGCAAUGUUGAGUGGUUUGUUCCUUAUUGGAAUUGUGACAAUGUCUGUUUUGUAUUGUCUAAUCGGCUUCAAGAUAAGGAAACAAUCGAAACUGGUUGGACUUAUGUCCGCGAGCGGUAUGUCGAAUCAUAUCAUGCCAGCGACUGGUGUGAAGAAUAGUGCCAGUAUCCAUGAACAAACAUCUCACGUGGACGUCGUUGUUCGUAAAAGCAACGAUAUAUUAAUGGAGGAUAGUAUCUGUAGACCUAGAGCAGAAAAUUGCGCUGAUUUUUCGUUGGUCAGUAAUGGGGAGUUUUCUUAUGCAAGUUAUAAAAAUGAAUAUCCUAUCGAUAAAUAUGUGUCUUACAAAAAUACAUCUGAUAAGCUUUCAGUUGUUAGAGAGAGUGGCGAUGAUACACAGGUUAACAAGAUCUCUAACGAAAUAAUUUAUAUCAAAGCAGAAUUUAAACCUGACAAUACAAUUGGGACCUCGCAAAAGAGAGUGUCGUCCAUAGACAGUCAUAAUAAAAUGGCUUCGUGUGGAUUGUUAAUCGACCUUACAGAUGUACCACAAACAGUUCAGUGUCGUAAGGAUGCAAGGGCGAGAAAAACUACUGUGAUUUUGUUUAUUAUCUCUUUUACCUUUAUUCUGAAUUACCUCCCGCGUGUGAUCCUAAUGGCAACUCGUGCUAUGAAAGGCGAAUUCGUUGAAGGGUUAAGCGACGAAGGACGAGCCGUGUACAUAUUCUUCUCGCGCUUCUAUUUUAUGAACUGCGCAAUUAAUCCUGCCAUAUACGGUCUCUGCGAUACCCGCUUUCGCAAGUCCUGUGCAGACCUCUUCAGUAGGUGCUGUUCUCGAAAAAAUACGUUCUCGCAAUGAGGUAAAUGGAAACCGAGCUAAACUAGUUAAUAACUUAUGAGUGUACUAAUGUUUGAAAUUACAAUUACGACACAAAAUAUUUGCUAAUGGACAGCGCUUGCAGCAUUGGACAAGUAUUUUAUUCGAAACUGGCGAUAUGAUGGCCAAAGUAAAUGAUUUGUGUUUAAGAAAUAAAGUGUAAAUGUUAA